GCACCGUGUGUUGGUUGGAAAAACAGAAGGUGGAGUUUCGGGGCGAGAAUGUACAACAUGUACACGGACAUUACAAUCUGGCGAGCAGUCACUAAAAGACACUUAAACAAUCCAUCAAUGUUUAGCUGGACGUAAAGCCACAUAACGAAGUGGAUUUUAAUGAUUUUAAUUCAUUUUCUGCAAUACGGUUUAAACAGAAGGCUCCGGAUUGCAGGAGUAAAACAACCCACCACCGUCCUGUCAUCCAGAAUGAACUUGUCUCCCGGAUAAAGUGGACCAUGUCUUCAGCUGCUGUCCUGUCCCUUCUGCUGGUGUUAUCGGUUCACCAGCACGUCUCUUGGGGCUCGCAUGUCCUCGGGAACCAGCCUGUGGUCGGAUUAGCCGGGCGGUCUUCUUUAAAUGAUACACAAACGAAAAUGUUUCCAGACAGCAACGAUAAGUGUGACCUUGUGAUGAACCUCAGUGCUGCAGACCGCUGCGCAUUUGUGAGAAACACACCAGACUGUAACAUGGAAGAUGGCUUCAUUAACUACCUUCAUGUGGCCUUCUGUCUGCUUCCUCCCAACCUCACACCCCUCACCAUCACUCUAUGCAUGAUAUGGUUGCUUUUUCUAUUCGUCAUUCUCGGACUGGCAGCGUCUAAGUUUUUCUGUCCCAACUUGUCAGCCAUCUCUACCAGUCUGCACCUCACUCACAAUGUGGCUGGUGUGACGUUUCUGGCUCUUGGCAACGGAGCUCCUGACGUCUUCAGCGCCAUAGCAGCUUUCUCCCACCCACACACAGCCGGGCUGGCGGUGGGGGCCUUGUUUGGAGCUGGCAUAUUUGUCACCACGGUAGUCGCAGGCAGCGUGGCGCUGGUGAAGCCUUUCGCUGUGGCCUCCCGUCCGUUUCUGCGUGAUGUCAUCUUCUACAUGGUGGCAGUGUUUUGGACUUUCCUCAUGUUGUUCAGAGGAACCACUGCACUGGGAGAAACACUGGGGUACCUGGGUCUCUAUGUGGCUUAUGUAUUGACUGUUAUUAUCAGUGCGUACAUCUACAACCGGCAGAAACGUUCAAUGACUUCCAGUGUUCAGAGUGUGGCACACAAUCCAGAUGAGUUUGACUCAUCCGACUUGUCUGAUUAUGAAGACAUCCCCUGCCUGACUGGAGGGAGCAUCCAACAGGAGUUUGAGUCAGAGUACAGGCCGCUUCUGCCUUACUCCGAGUCCACAAGUCAGAUCCUGCUAAGCUCUCUGAACCCGGUGGACAACAGGAAAUGGAGGAGGAAAUCAUGGGGCUGGAGAGUCUUUAAAGUACUGAAGACACCUUUAGAGGUGCUGUUGCUGCUCUGCAUCCCUGUGGUUGACCCCGAUAAAGAAGACAGGAACUGGAGACGCCCACUGAACUGUUUCCAUCUGAUCACGGCUCCUCUGGUGUGUGUGCUCACCUUCCAGUCUGGAAUGUAUGGAAAUUAUAUGAUCCAAGGGCAGUUUCCUCUGUGGCUGCUGAUGCUUCUUUUGGGACUUUUCUUGUCUGCUAUCGUGUUCUGCAGCACCACCAAUGACCGUCCUCCCAGAUAUCACACACUAUUUGCUCUGUUGGGCUUCGUGGUGAGUGCCGUGUUGAUCAGUGCAGCGGCCUCUGAGGUGGUCAGUCUCCUGCACAUGCUCGGCGUGGUGCUGAGUCUGAGCAACACUGUGCUGGGCUUGACUCUCUUGGCCUGGGGCAACAGCAUAGGAGACUGUUUCUCUGACAUCACCAUCGCCCGGCAGGGUUACCCACGAAUGGCCAUUGCUGCCUGCUUUGGAGGCAUCAUUUUCAAUAUGUUGUUUGGAGUGGGUAUAGGAUGUCUGCUGCAAAUGAUUAAAACGGAUUCUGGCGUGCAGUUUGAAUCACAGGGUUUACUGACUUGGGUUCUCGCAGGAUCUCUGGGUUUGUCUUUGGUUCUUUCCUUCGUCAUUGUUCCACUGAGCCGAUUCCACUUGGAUCGACGCUAUGGAAUCUUCCUCAUCGUCUUCUACACCAUCUUCCUUCUCAUUGCACUGCUCACAGAGUUUGGUCUGAUCCACUUUGGGUAGAUUUCAAUCUCAAACUUGUCUGACAUGUGGGACCUCUUACCGUGAAACAAAAUGACACACCAGAAAGGAACUUCACCCUCUUCU